AUGCAUGGGCAGGCGGUGGCCAAGCGAAGACCUGAUGCUGCCGAUAAGGAAACAUCUCUGGUGCUCUUGGCUGGUGCCCGGCUCAGGGGGCUGGCACGGGCGCAGGGCGGGGGCUGUCCCAGGAUCCACCUGAUGGCCGGGCGGGUUCCCCCAGGCACAGACCGGGCCACAGUAGCAGGUGAGAUGGAAACCACCUUCAUUGAGAAUCUCAGAUAUGCUUCUGACCUCCUGGCCCAGGAAGACAUGAUUGGACUGGUGGAGCCUAUUAACAACCGCAUCACUGACCCUAGCUACUAUCUGAACACCCCACACCAAGCUGCUGCCAUCCUGGAGAAGGUGGGACGACCGAACCUGAAGCUGCAGCUGGACCUUUUUCACUGCCAGAUCAUGGAUGGGAAUUUGUCACGCAACCUGGAGACAUACUUCCCACUCAUCGGUCACAUCCAGAUUGCACAGGUGCCAGGGCGGCACGAGCCUGACAGCCCUGGAGAGUUGAACUUCCCCUACAUCUUUGAGCUCCUGGAGUCCCUCGGCUACACUGGCUACGUGGGGUGCGAGUACGCUCCGAAAGGAGACACCCUGGAAGGUCUGGGCUGGCUGCGCUCAUACUGGGAGAGCCGAGGCCUGCAGCACAGUGGGACCAGCAAGGCAGCAAACUAAAACAAAGAAAUCACUGGAAUAAAAGUCAAAGCAAUUUAAAAGA